GUCUCGUCUGAUCAAUUUUCUUUCCUGUGUGCAGCAAACGAAACAUCAGUCGUUGUGACGUGGUGAAAAAUUUCGGCAAAAAUUCCACUUACAGCCGCAUAAAUUUGUGCAAUUUCCGUCGGAAUCGGUGCUAGUUGCUGAUCAGCUUGCCGGGGAACGUGUUAUUUCCAUCCGAAGGGCAGUGGUGAACAGUAAGGAGUAAUUGCAAAGCAUCGAAAAUGAGCUCAUUUAAACGCGACAAAAAAGAGGAGGAGGAAGGAGGAAGUAAUCCAUUUACGAAUCUUGAAAAAACUGCGGUGCUGCAAGAAACACGAAUAUUCAAUGAAACGCCUGUCAAUGCACGCAAAUGCACUCACAUUCUUACCAAGAUCCUGUAUCUAAUUAAUCAGGGUGAACAAUUAGGUUCUCGUGAAGCUACUGAGUGUUUUUUCGCAAUGACGAAACUGUUUCAAUCGAAAGAUGUGGUAAUGCGUCGUAUGGUUUAUUUGGGUAUCAAAGAACUUAGCCCAAUUGCGGAAGAUGUUAUCAUUGUGACUAGCUCGUUGACGAAGGACAUGACUGGCAAGGAAGAUUUAUACCGUGCUCCGGCUAUUCGUGCACUUUGCAGUAUCACGGACAGUACGAUGCUACAGGCGGUGGAGCGGUAUAUGAAGCAGUGUAUUGUUGAUCGUAACGCACCAGUAUCGAGCGGAGCUCUGGUAAGCUCAUUACAUCUGGCCAACAGUGCCGGGGAAGUGGUAAAACGCUGGGCUAAUGAGGCUCAGGAAGCCCUGAACAGUGACAACAUUAUGGUUCAGUAUCACGGACUUGGACUGUUGUACCACAUUAGAAAAGCUGACCGAUUGGCUGUCACAAAGUUGGUGAAUCGUUUGAUUAAUCAACAUCUGAAAAGUCCUUAUGCUGUUUGCUUCCUGAUUCGUAUCGCAUGCACAAUAAUUGAGGAGGAAGAUGCUGCUGGAAAUUCUGGUGCUGAAUCCCCAUUGUUUGAUUUUGUCGAAUCCUGCUUGAGGAAUAAGAGCGAAAUGGUUGUUUAUGAGGCUGCACAUGCUUUUGUUAAUCUCAAGCGAACUAAACCCCGGGAGCUGUCUACUGCUGUUGCAAUCUUACAGCUUUUCUGUGGAUCAUCGAAGGCAACGCUAAGAUUUGCCGCUGUUCGAACAAUGAACAAAGUCGCUAUGCUGCACCCGCCAGCCGUAAACGUGUGUAAUCUCGACCUGGAAGGAUUGAUUGCAGAUUCGAACCGCUCGGUUGCAACUUUGGCUAUAACAACUUUGCUUAAAACGGGUGCUGAGAGCUCAGUAGAACGCCUGAUGAAACAAAUUGCUUCCUUUGUUGCUGAGAUAUCCGACGAGUUCAAAGUAGUCGUAGUUCAAGCUAUUCGUGCUCUUUGUUCAAAGUUCCCUCGCAAACAUGGUGUCAUGAUGAACUUCCUCAGUGGUAUGCUGCGUGAAGAAGGUGGAUUGGAUUAUAAAACUUCAAUUGUUGACACAAUUAUUCUGAUUAUCGAGGAAAACCCAGAAGCUAAAGAAUCGGGCCUUUCACAUCUUUGCGAAUUUAUCGAGGAUUGCGAGCAUACCUCGCUGGCAGUAAGAAUUCUGCAUUUGCUUGGAAAAGAAGGACCAUUCUCAAAGAGUCCCUCGCGUUAUAUUCGAUUCAUAUACAACCGUGUAAUUCUGGAAAAUGCCACCGUUAGAGCUGCAGCAGUUACUGCCAUUGCUCAGUUUGGUGCUGCCUGUCCGGAUUUGUUGCCAAAUGUACUGGUCCUGCUGAAUCGUUGUCAGAUGGACUCCGACGACGAAGUUCGUGACAGGGCAACGUACUACUAUACUAUCUUGAACACUUCUAAUCCGGAGUUGUAUAAAUCCUACAUCAUUGACAGUGGAAUCGUUUCAUUACCACUAUUGGAGAAAUCACUGAAAGAUCAUUUGAAUGGACCGCUUACAGAAAAGUUCGACAUUUCCAUCGUUCCAAAAUCGCAGACCGUUCAACCGGAAGUCACCGAUGAAGUUAUGAUCAUGAACAACACAAUUCCAAAAGCCCCACGUAUCACUCGCGAAGAGGCCAAUACUGAAAAAUUACUGCAGAUCCCAGGCAUCCAUCGACUUGGAGCUUUGCACAAAUCAUCGUCCCCGGUGCAGCUUACCGAAAGCGAAACCGAGUACACCGUAUCUUGUAUUAAACACUGCUUCGCUCAUCACGUCGUUUUCCAGUUCGACUGCGUUAAUACCCUAUCCGAUCAGCUGCUCGAGAAUGUUCGCGUUGAUUUGGUCCUACCGGAAGAAUACGUUACCCGAGCGGUAAUACCGUGCCCAAAACUCCCGUACGGCGAAAAAGAAUCAACCUAUGUUAUCGUUGAGUUCCCACCAAGCCGAGCCAGUUCGAUUGCUGCGUUCGGAGCCACUCUGCGGUUCAUCGUGAAGGAUUGUGACCCAAACACUGGUUUGCCAGAUUCUGACGAAGGUUACGAUGACGAAUAUAUGCUGGAAGACAUCGAAAUAACCGUUGCUGACCAGAUUCAGAAAUCUAAGAAACAAAACUUUAAUGCUGCUUGGGACAGCGCCGACACAGAAGAAUGGGUCGAAGCCGAGGAAACCUUUGUGUUGGCGACUGUUAGCAGUUUACAAGAAGCGGUUAAUACCAUUUUGAAAUUCCUUGGUCUUGCCCCAGCCAAUCUAUCGGAGAGAGUUGCAGACGGUGCACAUACCCAUUUGCUGUUGUGCUCGGGCGCAUUCCGGGGUGGCUUCGAGAUAUUGGUCCGUUCAAAAUUGGUAAUUGCUGAUAGUGUGACAAUGCAUUUGACGGUUCGAUCGACGGAUUCCGAUGUGGCAGAACUAAUAACAUCCGCAGUAGGUUGAAGUAAGAUGCAAAAUCAAAUAUUCGCUCCUAAGCACCACGAACUACGGACAUUAUUGCAUAAACACUCGUACUCUCAAUUACCCCCUGAUGUGCAAGAGAGUUCAUUCUUUUUAUGUUAUAAACAUGGAAGUAUCUAUUCAAGAGGUUAGUGUUAAGUUUUCGUCGGCAUUCGUUAGUGACUAUUAGAGCGUAGUGUGGAUGAUAGUAGAAAAAUCAUUAGCAUGCAGAAAUAACAUCCCUAAUUCGGCUCCUGCAUAAACCACACAGAGCUAAAAGAUAAUAAUGAAGUACGAAUACAAUAGUGAAAAGAACAUGUGAAUAAUUGUAUUAAUACUUUUGCUGAACAAUGAAAAUAAUAUAAAUCUUUUCUUUUAAUCAACAAACGAAGC